CCAGCUUUAGAUCUAUCCAGUCUUGGAUCCCUUCUGACCCAUCUCACAGAUCACACACACACACAUACACAGCACCACAAUGCCUGCAGACUAUAACGGGAGAUGGGAGAUGGUGAGCAAUGAGAACUUUGAUGAAGUCAUGAAGGCUUUGGACAUAGACUUUGCUACGCGCAAGAUCGCCGCACACCUCUCACAGACGAAGGUUAUCGUCCAAAACGGAGAUAAAUUCGAGACCAAAACUCUGAGCACCUUCAGAAAUUACGAAGUGAACUACACUGUUGGAGAGGAGUUUGAGGAGCACACUAAGGGCCUGGACAACAGAGUGGUCAAGACGCUGGUCACCUGGGACGGAGAUAAGCUUGUGUGUGUGCAAAAAGGGGAGAAGGAAAAUCGAGGCUGGAAGCACUGGAUCGAGGGAGACCUGCUGCAUCUGGAGAUCACCUGCCAGGAUAAAGUCUGCCAUCAGGUCUUUAAGAAGAAGCAGUAGCGCGCCGAAGAUCCGGCAGCUCUCCUGUGCAUUUAAUGUUGUACAUUUGUACGUAUGCAGUGUGAUUCGAAUAAAGGAGUUUUAAUUAAA